UUGUUUGUGUUCCCCUUCAGGACGGAGGCGUCGAAGCAGCAGGCGCAGCUGAUGGAGGUGCUGAAGAAGGAGGUGAGGGCCAUGCUGAUCGCUGCCAAGGCGGGCCUGACGCCGGAGCAGCUGGAGGAGCAGUACAUGGCCAUGGUCUGCAAACCUCUCCCUCUGCGUGACCUGGGCUUCCAGUCCACCCUGGAGCUGGUGACACAAAUGCCUGAAGUUGUCCAGAUCUGUUCUUCUAAGAAUGGUGCUUUAAUCCUCAAAGCCAUUGCAGAUGACUCCACCAAAGGCAUUGCCAGGCUGGUUGCCAACCAGAAAGUAAAGACACGCAAGACAUCAAAGAAAACCGCCACAAAGGCAAAUUCUCCUUUUCCCACUAAGUACUCUAAAAAUCCACAGAGUUUCCAUACCCUGAGUGCUGGGACUCCUGUCCUGCCAGCAAUGGUGAAGGCUGAGCUGCAGGACCUGCUGAGCUCCUCACCACUCCUGCUGGCAGACUUGGACAAGGCUUUCCUCCGACGCUUUGGCCGGGCCUUCCAGUACAGGCAGUACGGGUUUCUGUCCGUGUUUGAAGUCCUCAGGAGCGUGUCUGAUUCCAUUGCUGUUGAGCAAACAAAGGCAGGUUCCUUGCUGGUCCUGAGGAAGUACUUGGCAAGCAAGAUAGAGCAGCAAGUGGUGCCUCAAAGUGAGGCUGAGGAAGAGGAGAUGCCUCAGAGUGAAGCUGAGGAAGAAAAGGGGCCUCAAGGUGAGGCUCAGGAGGAAAAGGGGCCUCAAGGUGAGCCUCAGGAAGAGGAGAUGCUGCAAGCAGCAUCUGCAGCUGAGGUGCCUUCUUUGGAGCCCACCUGUGAGACAAAGAGCUGCUGCCAGGCAGCCACUCUGAUGGAUUCAGAGCCAGUGCAAACACCAGCAGUAGAUUUGGGUGAUCACCUCAAACAGGUUUUAGUCAAAAUUUCUAGCUCCAAAAGAAUUGAGGGCUUUACUCAGUCUGCAGAAGGAGACACCAGGGAAGUGGUCACAGCACCAAGCCUGCCAGAAUUCAAGAAACAUGUGGAAAAUCCUCUCAGGCACGUGCAUCAAGGUCUUGAGCAGUUUCCAGUGACUCCAGAAAUCCCUCCAGAUGCUGUCCAGGACAGAAGCCUGUGCAGUUUGCCUCCUCUGAAGAGCAGGUGCUUGGUGGGAGUCAUUGUGGAGUUCGUCGUCUCUCCCAGCCAGUUCUACAUCCACGUCUGCAGCACAGAAGCCUCCUAUAAACUGCAGGAUCUGAUGUUUGAGAUGAGACAUGUUUACUCACACAAAGUUGCUUCUGAUAAAUACAUCAUGCCCGAGUCUGCAGUGAGGCCUGGGCAGCUGUGCUGUGUCAUGGUCUCCAAGUGGUGGUACCGUGUCAUCAUCCACCGUGUGAUCAAUGACCACGAGGUGGAGGUGUUCUAUGCAGACUAUGGACACCUCCAGAUUGUCCAGAAGUCUUGGCUGAGAUUCCUCAAGUGGCACUACUUGAAGCUCCCCGCUCAGGCCAUCCCGUGUUCCUUGGCAUGGGUAAAACCUGUGCAGGGUACGUGGUCCAGUGCAGCAAUUCUCCUGUUCAAGCACCUCUGUCGCUUCAAGGAGCUGGUGGGCGUGGUGGAUGAAUACGUGGAUGGUGUUCUGUACCUCUUCCUGUGUGACACCUCCACCAAGGAGGAUAUCUACUUCCACUCUGUCCUCAGGGAUAUGGGAUAUGCUGAUGUCUGUGGGGAGAACAUCCCUUCCCAGGAAUUUGAGGAACUGAAUCCUUCAGCCUUGUAUGUUCAGCCCAGUGGAAAGCAGGGGAAUGCUGAGGUGGUGGAGCCAGACCUUCGCUUGCAGCAGCAAUCUCGAGAUGCAGACAGUGAAACAGCAACCUUGAAGCUGAAUGGGGCUGAGCUACCAACACCUUCCCAGGAGCCUCGUGGUUGGCCUCUGCCAUGCUCUGGGCUCUGUGACCCAGGGCCACCUCAGGAGCUGUGUGUCCCUCCUGCCCUGCUCUCUGCAGUGUUGGCAGCUGCAUGAUUGGCCACUUCCCUGCUUCAGUGGCUGCCCAGCCUGAGGAGGAAGGUGUGAUAGGAGGGGACAAGCUGGAGC